AUGAGAACUUGCCCUACAGCAGCAAUGGAAGUCAUCCUCCACUUAACACCACUCCAUGAAGUAAUAAGUAGUACUGCUAACGGAACAAUCUUGAGAUUUGCAAAAGAGGGAACUGGUACGGGCAAGAGUAUUGGUCUCAAAGAAAGCGACUCAAUAUCGAACACCACAGUUAAAAACCUCCUUGACAUCCCAAGAGAUUGCAUGAUCAAGAAAUACAAUUUUGAGAAAAACUUUCAAACACAGUUUAGUAGCAAGGCAAAGUGGGUAAGUGAAUCCACGAACUACACUUUCAAUGCAAACGCCAUCAAGUGGUACACUGAUGGAUCGAGAACAGCUGAUGGAACUGGAGCAGGAAUAUUUGGGCCUAGAACCAAAAUUUCCAUUCCAAUGGGACAGUUUCCUAGCAUUUUUCAAGCGGAAAUCAACGCUAUAGAUAAAUGCGCAGAACAUAAUCUCGAAAGAAAAUACAAAAACCAAAACAUUGCCAUCAUGUCUGAUAGCCAGGCCGCACUUAAAGCUAUAAACUCAUACGCCAUCAACUCCAAACUCGUAUGGGAAUGUGUGAAGAAGCUGAACGAGCUUGGCAAGGCAAAUAAAAUAACACUGUACUGGGUUCCCGGACAUGUUGGAGUACAAGGGAACGAAGUAGCAGACUCCUUAGCAAAAGCAGGUGCAACCGCACCUCUUAUGGGCCCAGAACCAUAUUGCGGAAUUGAAGACAGCACGAUCAAACAAAUGAUAAAAACCGAUGAGGAGGCCAAACGAACUAAAAUUUGGAAAGAGACUCCUAAACUCAGACAGAAACAACCAGAGAAUAAUAACAGGGAUCCUUACAGGCCACUGCAAGCUGAGAAAACACCUCAACAACAUUGGCCUGGCAGACAGUGCCACCUGUAG